AUGCCUCGUAAAGGGAAUUUCAAAACGAGAAGUGGCUGCUCAACGUGCAAGGCGCGUAAGAUAAAAUGCGAUGAAGGCAAACCAACGUGUCAGCGAUGCAUUAGCGCUGGUCGCAGAUGUCAUGGUCUGGGGUAUAACCAAACCUCAUACUCUCACCUCCAACUAUACCGUCCCCAGAAUCACGUCCUGGGCAACAAUGUAAAGACCGAAUCAAGGGCUAUUGAGUUCUUCUGCAGGGUUGCAGCGCCGUCGUUAUCGGGGCCUAUCGACCCAUACUUCUGGACGAAUGUUGUUUUACAGUUCUGUGAUCAUGAACCUGCUGUUAGGCAUUCCAUCAUGACGAUCAGUUCUCUUUUCGAGAGCCUCCAAUCAAAAGACAACUCCUCGGCUGUUGCGGCUCAAAGGAAUGUCUUUGCACUAAAGCAUUAUAAUGCUGCGAUUCGGGAACUCCAAACUCCACAUAAACCAGAUAUAAUAUUGGCGUUACUGACUUGCCUCAUGUUUGUAUGCAUCGAGGUGUUACAGUCCAAUGGAGAUAUGGCGAUAAAGCAUUGUUAUCAUGGAAUGAACCUGCUAAACACUGGAAAUCCACCGGAAUGGGCGCUGCAUUAUCUAUUACCGAUAUUUCGGCGCAUGAGCAUCUUGCCGUUCUACUUUGGCGACUCACAGCCCAUGGGCUAUUCGGAAUCUCCAAAAAUACCCGAGUCCUUCUCUUCAUAUUUUCAAGCCCAGACUUCGAUCGAUGCUGUUUACAACAUGACUAUACAACAUUUUCGGCGGACAGCCGACUACCGUCUCGGUGACAUGAGAAACGAGCCAGCUACACCGGAUGUUCUUCUCGAGCAAUAUGAGAUACAUGACUUGUUGGAUCAGUGGAGAUCUGCAUUCGACAAAUUCGAAGCUGAAACACCAGCUGAGCUGAUACAAGCAUCGUUGACAUCGCGGAUAUGGCUCUUCCAUGUUUACGAAGUCUGCAUGAUAUUAUCGCGAGUGCAGUUCGUUACCGAUGAAACAGAUUACGAUAAGUUCAUCCCAAAUUUCAAGCGUAUGGUUGAGGGCGCUAGGCAACUGGCUGGACUGCGAACCAGAUCAACACCGUCUGAAUUUCAUUUCGAAAUGGGUUUCGCGCCAUAUCUCUUCUUCGUUGCUAUCAAAUGUCGCGAUUUAGAAACUCGUAUCGAGGCACUUCGGUUAAUGGGUGUUCUUUGUGCUGCGCAAGAAAGUCUCUGGAACAGCCAUACACUUCAGGUCGUUGCGCAGAGAACGAUCGAUCUCGAACAUGGCAUAUCAGGACAAGACGUCGAUAGCUUUAUGACCCAGUAUGGCGUGUUACCGCCUGAUGAAAUGAGAGUUCGGCACUUUGUUAUCGGGCCAGCUGAAUCAGGGUCUGAGGGCUUGGCGGGGAGAGAGUUGACCUUUUACAUGACGACAAAGGAUGGCGGUAUAUAUCUGAAACGGGAGAGGUUCCCAAUCAAAGGACCGAAUGAAGCUGUUGAAGGUGCGUCUGGUGUUUUCGAGGUGGAUCUUGAGAUGGAUAAACUGAGUUUGUCUGAGAUAGACACUUGGAGUAGCACUAGAUCAGGCAGUGUUUAG